ACAGCGCCAGCCCGUUCUUUAUGUGUGUAGUAGCACAGCAGUGCGACGCUGCCAGCGGUCCUCACAGGUCAAUAACGGGCUUCUUAAGGGCUUGUAAGAGGUGAGUGAUGGCCGUGGAGGUGAGCAGCAUGCCGAGUGUCUUAGCCUUUCAGACUCAGAUCGCCUCGGUGAUGGAGGUGUUCGCCAACGCCGCUGUGGCGGAGAUCUGUAAAGUUGUGGAGGUGAGUUAUACCGAGUUACAGAUGGAGAUGCUGAAGAGCCAGAAGGAGAACACUCUGCUCAAAAGGAGACUGAAGAUGAUCGAAAUGCGGGAGUCGUUUUAUAAAAGAACCAACAGGCUGAAGGACUCGGUAGGAGGAGAGGGUGGGAAGGUGCGGGUGAAGAUCGAUGCAGUGGAGAGUGAACGGUGCCUCACUGAGGAAAUGCCACCGCAUGAUCCUGUAACACACACACCUGCUCAACAGGAGUGUGUGAUAGAGUGUGUGGAGCAGGAUGGACAUUCGGACAUUCUCGAGCUGAAACAGGAGAGAACAGAGAGCGUCAGUAAAGUGCAAGACACGGAGACCGGAGACACAAGCAGAGAAAACAUCCUGCAGCACGACUCUCUCCAACAACAGGAGUCAGAUGAAGAACAUGAGGAUCUGAAGAAAGAACAAUGUGAGGAGAGAGGAGACGCAGCAACAGCACACGAUGGUAGUUGUCCUGAUGAAGGCACUUCGAGUGUAGAAGCUGAGAACGACAUCACUGUUGCUGAUGCAUCAUGGGACGGCAGUAUAUUCGACUCUUCCUCACACAGCCUCCCGUACUCUGGAGCAGACGUCAGUGCAGGAACGUCCGUUCAUGAUUAUUUCUUGCACAGAGAUGCCGCGUGUUCUUAUGGCUCCGAGGUCAGCUCUGUUAAUAAUGCGUCUUUUCCUGAAGGUCACUUCCACCACGCUGACGAGCGAAUCGUCCCCCAGUCCCACGCUGGCCCGUUUAAAGCCGACAGGUUCAUGGUGUGUAAAUACUGUGGGAAACACUUCCCCCACACCAGUGCCCUGGUCCUGCAUCAGCGCGUCCACACGGGUGAGAAGCCGUACUACUGCGCGCUCUGCGGCAAACGCUUCAGUCAGGCGUCCAGUCUGAAGAAACACUACAGCAUGCACCGAGGAGAGAAGCCCUUCAGCUGUCUGCACUGUGGAAAACUCUUCUCUGAUCAGAGUAACCUGAAGAAGCACGUUAACGUGCACACGGGUGAGAAACCGUAUGGCUGCGUGCAGUGCGGCAAAACCUUCAACCAGUCCUCCAACCUGAAGACGCACAUGAAGAUCCACACGCGGGAGAAACCAUUCAGCUGCGAGCACUGUGGCCAGAUCUUCGCCUACAAGAGUAGUCUGGUGAAACAUCAGCAGAGGAACUGUCUCGCGCUGCAGAACCCGCUGCCACAGUUUUAGACCUUUCUAAACCUGGAAGUUGUGUUCUGUAUCCAGUUGUUUUAUAAAUGUCCUGUACUCAGUUUAGGUCUGUCUGACCUGAAUUGGAGUCAUUUCGUCAUAUGCACAGAAUUUUAUUUUUCCUCCUCUCUGGAUUAAUAAUCCCCAUGUUCUUCCUUCUACUCCAGAGAAUGUUCCUGCACAGAUCCCUACAGGAGCAGGUGUCUCUGAAGUAUACACUCGUUCCCGUGCUCUAAUAUAAACAUCUAUGUUAAAGACCUACAGGUGCACUCAUGAUCAUAUUUUUAGGUUAUGGUCCAUUCCCAAGUGAAGUGAUAAAUUCUGAGGAAGUCAGAAGACGUUCACUGCAGAGUGGGGUUUCCGUUUUAAUAAAUGUCCAACUGUGUGUAUAAAAUUAUCAGAUUUAGUAUUAAAACUUGCCAUUGGAACAUGUGUAAGUAUCUGACAGAUGAGACGGUUUAGUUUUUCACUUUCUUGCCUGUAGAAGAAUAUUAGUUUUGUUUUAAAUUUAUUCUGAAUGAACACAGUCACACACCUGUCAGGCUGAAGUGCACAGAAAGUGAUGUACAGUGCCUUAUUAUUAUUAUUAUUAUUAUUAUUAUGAACAUCUCUUGUGCAAAAAUAAAGCAUUACAGAAACUUAAA